UCCUGGAGGGAUAAAGCAACAUCUUGGCUUUAGCCUGCAAUAUAAGAUCUUUACUGAUUUCCCAUUACAGCCAUGCUCUGAAAAUAUUCUUCCAUAUUUUUCCUUCAUUUGGGUGACUGACAAAGUAAUCUGGUGAUGGCUCUUGUAAUGGAACCCAUUAGCAAGUGGAACCCCAAGCAAGUAGUAGACUGGAUGAAAGGGUUGGAUGAUUGCCUGCAGCAGUACAUCAAAAACUUUGAGAGGGAAAAGAUAAAUGGAGAGCAGUUGUUACACAUCACCCAUCAGGAGCUAGAGGAACUGGGUGUCACACGAAUUGGUCACCAGGAACUGAUCUUGGAAGCCGUUGAUCUGCUGUGCGCUUUAAACUACGGCCUGGAGACUGAAAACCUAAGGACUCUCUCCCAUAAGCUUAAUGCCUCUGCCAAAAACCUGCAGAAUUUUAUAACAGGUAGAAGGAGGAGUGGACAUUAUGAUGGAAGAGCCUCCAGGCGAUUGCCAAAUGACUUUCUUACCUCUGUUGUUGAUCUGAUUGGUGCUGCCAAGAAUUUGUUAGCGUGGUUGGAUAGGUCUCCGUUUGUAAGUGUAACGGAAUAUUCACUGCUAAAAAACAGCAUUGUUCAACUGUGCCUGGAAUUGACCACCAUUGUGCAGCAGGAUUGCACUGUGUAUGAAACAGAAAACAAAAUUCUUCAUGUUUGUAAAACUUUAUCUGGGAUCUGUGAUCACAUCAUUUCUCUCUCAUCGGAUUCUUUGGUAUCACAAUCUGCUCACUUGGAAGUAGUUCACCUCACCAACAUUAUGCCCAGUGAAGGACUGGGAAUGUACAUCAAGUCUACAUAUGAUGGACUGCAUGUGAUUACUGGAACUACAGAAAAUUCUCCUGCGGACCAGUGCAAGAAGAUUCAUGCAGGUGAUGAAGUAAUUCAGGUCAACCAUCAAACUGUUGUGGGCUGGCAGCUAAAGAACUUAGUAAAUGCUUUGAGAGAGGAUCCUAAUGGAGUCAUCUUAACACUAAAGAAGAGACCACAGAAUACUCUGGCAUCUGCCCCUGCGCUGUUAAAAAAUGUUAGGUGGAAACCACUAGCCCUUCAGCCUUUAAUCCCAACAAGUCCUACAAGUGGCAACACUACUCCUACUGGGACAAUAGGAAUGUCGUCCAAAGUGGAUAGCUCAAAUCUGCAUGAUGUCUUCAUCCUGUCUCCUGUUUCAGGACUUUAUGGUCCAAGGGAUGAAAUUGGAAUUGUGUCGUGCGAUGACAUCAAUAAGUAUGGCGUAGGAAAGUCAGGAAUGAAAGGCUCUGAAUCACCAAGCUAUUUCCUAGAGCAUGAACGCGGCAAAUAUUACACUUUAAUUGAAGGUGAGGGACAUCAAGUUGGCUCAGAGUAUGAAAGAGGUAGAUCAACAGGGGUACGGAGAAGAGAAAAGACACCAACACACGGUGAUCUGAGGCCUGUUUCUAUGCCGACAGAAUACAGCUGGUUAGGAGAAUCCAAGGAGCCAAAUAUGUUCAAAAGGGGUAGUAGAGGGGAAAAUUCCCUCCUGCGAUACCUGAGUGAUGAUAAGAUCCUAGUGAUACAAGAAGAGCCAGUUACACAGAAAGACAACAAAAGGGACACCGGGCGCAGGUCAAGAAAAAAAGGCAAAAACACAAGUAGCCCAAGCUACCCUAUUAGUCCAUCAAUGUUAACCUCCACUGGACGCUUAGAACCUGCUCAGCAAGAUGUCUUGACAUUUUCACUGCCUGAGAGCAACACUGUUCCAUUAUACCAUUCAUUCCAUUCAGCAUCUUUGAGGGUUAAAACGAAAAAGAGGUCAAAAGGAAGUUCCCUUCCCGGUGGAAGCAGAAGGCGGAUUUCUUGCAAAGAUUUGGGCCAUGGUGACUGUGAAGGCUGGCUGUGGAAAAAGAAAGAUGCCAAAGGUUACUUCACACAAAAGUGGAAAAAAUACUGGUUCAUUCUUAAAGAUUCUUCACUGUACUGGUACACAAAUCAAAAUAAUGAAAAGGCAGAAGGUUUUAUUAGUUUACCUGAAUUCAGGAUAGAUCGAGCCAUUGAAUGCAGAAAGAAACAUGCCUUCAAAGCAUGUCAUCCGAAAAUUAAGAGCUUUUUCUUUGCUACUGAUUGUCUUGAAGAAAUGAAUAGGUGGAUGAACCGUUUAGGCCUUGCAGCAAUUGGUUACACUCCAGAUGAAAAGGAUACCAGACCAAAUGAAGCAGAUUAUUGGAGUGAAAGUGACCAGGAUGACAUUGAUGGCUCAAUGACCUUAAGACAGGAAGUUCCAUCAACAGUUAAUUCAUCCAGUCCAUUUCCUGAGCCAAAGCAUGGGCGUCAUUUUUCAAGCGAGUCAACAUAUUCCCACUCUUCUGCUGAGGAUUCAAGACAGGAUGCCACUGGAAGUACACAUUCAUCGGGGUGCAGGCCUAGUUACAGGGAAAGACGUUCUUGGCAAGAUCUAAUUGAAACACCGUUAACCAGUUCAGGACUUCACUUUCUGCAGACUGUACCUUCUGAUGGAGAAUAUGUAGCAGGGAACGUUGGAAUGUCCCCAGAAAGGAGGAGACAAGCUACACUUCCAGUUCAAAGACACCACAAUAAUGAAAGGGAUGGACCAUUCCCGCUAACAGAAUGUCCUAGGGGGCAUACAUCUCAUGCUAGGACACAAAAACAACGCAGCCAAAGUCUGCCAAGGAACAGGGAAGUUAGAGUUAAGAACCGUGGGAAGAAGACAGACCAGCUAGAAGAGAAAUCUGAAGAUGAACUUUCGAAAAGGAUUCAUAGCAAUUCUGAUAAAGAAGAAAGCAAGAACGAAAACAGGUCUAGCACUGAUGGGCUUCAAGAGCUAUACAAAUCACUGGAACAAGCCAGCCUAUCCGCAUUUGGGGAACAACGGCGUUCAUCCAAACAGGAGUUCAGGAGGUCCUUUAUAAAACGGUGUAAUGAUCCAGUGAUGAAUGAAAAACUCCAUCGAAUUAGAGUCUUGAAAAGCACUUUAAAGGCAAAAGAAGGGGACCUUAGAAUCAUCAACUCUCUUCUAGAGGACUCACAUUUGUCAUCAAAGAAAUUUAAAGAGUGGAAGCAAAAAAACUUAGAAUUUUUCUUGGACAUCUGUGAGUACAGCGGAACCCUGAAACCUCAGAACGGUGCCUCUGAACUUGCAACUUCAGCACCCAUAGUGGCACAUACACAUUCAUUUAUUGAAACGCACGUCUGACUAGUAGCAGCACCAUGAACAAUAAAUUUGCUAGGUGCCACCGGAACUCAAGUCAAGAAACACUGUAAUCUUUGUAUAUAAUGUAAUCAAGUAUAUUGUACAUAGACUGGAUAAGAGAAUAGUGCCACACGAUGCCUAUGACAUUGCAUGAAAAAUUCAGUAUUAUUAUUAUUUCCUAAAUUAUUUUUCCUGUAUGUACCAAGAUCUGCAUAUAUGUUGAAUUACUGUAUCAGGGAGGGACAAUGCUACUGUUCAAGUACCAGCCCAGAAUAUUUUAUAUAUCUAGAUACAGCGCUAUUAUCAGGGAGUGCCGGAGUACACCACUGACUAUGGGCAAGGAAAAUCCAAUUGUAUUUCUGCUCAGUCAUGGUGGGGCCUGGUCACUCCUCUUUUGCACCAGGCACAAGGGUCUCUGCAAAGUGACCCUGUUUAGAUAUGCAAUCACUCUCUGGCUUUGUUUUUUCUGUAUCUAUGUAUACAAAAUGCAAAACAGCAUACAGUAAUAUUAAUUCAUUUCAAAUAAUUUUACUGAUAACAUUUUUACAGUUUUUCCUAUGCCAGAGGUGUUUAGGAUUACAAAACAUUUCUGGUUUAGAAUUCAGACAACUUUGUUGGUUACUAUAAUCAUUACACUUUUUUGUAGACUUAUAAAAUAUCUCUAGGAGUUGAAAGAGGUUCCAGACAAAGAGAAAUGGCUCAGCCCCUUAGUGCCUUAAGAUGUGUCUUGUGCAUCCUGCAAACAGCAGCUUUCUUAAUCUAUGUCAUUUGUGUUGGGAUUAUAUCCAACUUCCAAGGAAGGCUUUCAACUCUUAUUGAACUGUUUAAGGGAUGCUCCAACUUAAGGUGGCUUUCAGUCCGCUCAGAAAGUCUGUUUUGAAGUGCUAGAUGUCUUUGCAGGAUUAUCGAUAUCUCCACUGUGAAUUUAAUGCCACUAUCCUGUGAUUUAAGAAACUCUAAGGGGGUAUAUUUAUCAAAAAGUGAUGUUA